CAAAAAAAAAUUGUAAUCUACAGUACGAAGCUCAGAGUGUACAUCGAUACAUGUGAAUACUUGCGUCGCGUCCAUUUAGAGCGUACAGGGGACAUCACUGACGAGCAAGAUCGCUGCACACGCUGCGUUGAAGAGAGAUGAUUGCUACGGCCGGCAGCUCGGCGAAGAAGGAGGCGGCGGCGGCGGCGGCGAUGGGCGGCAAGGCGGCGCGGGCUUGCGACGGGUGCCUGCGCCGGCGGGCGAGGUGGUACUGCGCGGCGGACGACGCGUUCCUGUGCCAGGGGUGCGACACGUCCGUGCACUCCGCGAACCCGCUCGCGCGGCGCCACGAGCGGCUGCGCCUGCGGCCGACGUCGCCGCCGGGCGCGCCGCCGCCGCCCGCGAAGCGCGAGCCUCGGGACGAGGUGGUGCCCGCGUGGUUCAAGCGCAAGGCGCGCACACCGCGGGGCGGACACACCAAGAGCCUCGGGCAGGUGCUGUCGCGGCGGCUCGUCGUGCCGGAGGCGGCGGGCGGGGACUCGCCCGAGGGGCGGAACGGGGAAGGGGAGGUGGAGGAGGAGGAGGAGCAGCUGCUCUACCGCGUGCCCGUAUUUGACCCCGCCCUCGCCGAGUUCUGCUCGCCGCCGCCUCUUGAGGAAGCGGCGGCUGUCGCGCCGUCCUGCAACGAGGACGGCGCCGUCGAGGACCCCGCGAAGCCGGAUCCGGCGGCACCGGCUGCGCCGCAGGCGCAGCUCUUCCCCGACGGCCAUGCCAACUUCGAGCCCACCGACGCCGAGCUCAGGGAGUUCGCCGCUGAUAUGGAAGCCCUCCUCGGGCGCGGCCUGAACGAUGGCAACGAGGAGGACUCGUCGUUCUACAUGGAGACGCUGGGCCUCCUCGACCCGGUGGACGACGACGCCGCGCGAGUCAAGGUCGAGAUCGACGGUGGCGGUGCCUGCGAAACCAGCGGUACGCUGGCGUGCGGCUUCGAGCUGGAGGCGGAGGCAUCUGACGAGAUGCUGGACAUCGACUUCGACUACGGCUCGCCUGAUCAGGAGACGCCGCCGGAGGACGAGAAGGCCGGGAGCAACGACACGAGCGCCGACGCCCAGUUCUUGCAGACGAGCCUCUCGCUCACCCUCAACUACGAGGCGAUCAUCCAGAGCUGGGGCAGCUCGCCGUGGACCGGCGGCGGCGAGCGGCCGCACGUCAAGCUCGACGACAGCUGGCCCCACGAUUUCACGGGCAUGUGGUUGGUGGGAGGAAUGGUCGGCCACGGCGGCGAGGAGCUCUGCGCGCCGAGGCUGGGGAUGAUGGACGGCGGCCGGGAGGCCCGAGUGUCCCGGUACCGAGAGAAGCGGCGGACGCGGCUCUUCUCCAAGAAGAUCCGGUACGAGGUGCGCAAGCUCAACGCCGAGAAGCGACCGCGGAUGAAGGGCCGAUUCGUCAAGCGCACCACCGCCGGGGGCAGCAGCGUCGCCGUCGCCGGCGUCGCGUAAUGCCCCGGCACGCACGCCCGCACUGCACACAGGGAGCCAGCGCGAGGUGAUGCGGCCGCCCGCCGUCGGCCGGCUGGCACGCCCCUCGCCCGUCGUCAUAGAGGAUGACAAGAACGAAACAACUCGUCGAAGCUGCUUUUCAUUAGUUCAUUCAACUUGAAUCAAAUUUUGUGCCUGUUUUUUCACGGAUCAGUUCGCCAUUGAUGCAUGGUAAGUUGUGCCUUCGAGUGGCGCUUGCUUACCUAGCUGUGGCGAUGGCCGAAUAAUCAUACUAGUGCAGUAGUGCUAGCUAAGUGGAUUGUAAUGCUUGGUUACGUUGGACAUGUCAGAAGUAUUUUUGCCCUUGCUUUAGAGGGUUUGUCAGUUGGUGCUGGCUCUGUGUAUGCCCAUGAGGCCAUGAUGAUCAAUGGCUCUUGCUGGGAUUCUUCUUUUCUUUUGGAGAAAUGCAUAUUAUUGUAUACCUUCAAAAAGGAUAUACAGGUCAUACAUGUAAAUCAUCAUUACAUUAUUGACUGGAUUUGUUGGGUGCCGUCA